GAGAGCGAGCGUCAGCUUUCGCCGAUUUAUGAAGGACAAGCCGACCAAAUGGGGCUUCAAACUGUUUGUCUUGACAGACUCCUCAAAUGGCUAUACCUGGGACUUUUUCGUUUAUGAUGGGAAAGGCCACAUCGGUGCAGGGAAUGGGCUGAGUUACGACUCCGUGAUGGAGCUGGUUUCCACUCAGCACCUGGGAACAGGUUAUAAGCUCUACGUGGAGCAUUUCUACACGAGCCCAAAACUGUUCCGCGACCUACUACAAAAGAAGGUGUGGGCCUGUGGGACCAUCCGCGCCUCCCGGAUUGGUUUCCCCAAGAACAGUCCAGGUGGCCUGGACAAUCGUUCGCCCAGGGGCACCAUCCGAUGGCUGCGGGACGAUCCCAUCCUCUUUGUCCAGUGGAAGGACACACAGGAUGUCCAGAUGUGCUCUACCCUGCACACAGCCCAUGCGGAUGAAACGAUAGAGAGAAAGGUGAAGGGGCCAGAUGGGAAAUGGACGAGCCAGGACUUGCCUGUCCCACCUGCUGUGAAGGACUAUAAUACGCACAUGGGUGGUGUCGAUCUAUCUAAUGUCCUGCACAAAACAAAAAAGUGGUACAGGUCACUGUUUUACCAUUUCAUUGACAUUGGCAUUGUCAACGCCUUUGUCCUUCACAAGGAGUUGGCAGCUCAAAGAGGCGAGAGGCCAAUGACCCAGAAUGCUUUUCGUGAGGAACUUAUCCUUCAGCUCACCGACUCUGGAGCCCCCACCACUGUACCCAAAUCGUCUAACGUAUCUCUGAGUGGAAUGCACCUCCCCAAACACACUGCUGGGGAUUCCACUGAAAGUCGCACGAGGUGCAAGCACUGCCACCAGAAGACCCCGGUCCGCUGUCAAUUCUGUGAUGUGGCGUUGUGUUUUGUUCCAUCAAGGAACUGCUUCUUUGACUGGCACCAACAGAACAUCCAGCAAUAGGAUGUAGCUGUGAACUUAAAUUUUAUGUAAAUAGUUUUUCUAGUUUUAUAGCU